AUGGCUACUGCGCACCUUGAACAGGAAGCAACCACAACAAACUUGGAUCUAAGCAAGAAAUCUCGAGAUGUCAGAUUGUCAAGGCGCAUAUCAACUGCGGUCCGAUCUUUCCGCGUGUUGAAGAAUUUAACCCCGGAGCAAGUCGACAAUUUCAUGAAGUCGUAUCAGAUCUACUCCUUGGACUGGGCAGAUGAGAAGCUGAUGCUGGAUGCGUUGGGCCCCAACUACCAGAAAAAAGUAGGCGAAUGUCUGGCCGACUACUACAGUGUUCUCAACCAUCUAUGCGCCCUCGGCGAAGUCGAGAAAAUGUAUAUUCCUCCAGCAAUCGACCUCUCACAGAACCUAGUCAUGAACCAAAUUCUCUACGAGGAACGCAUAGCCAACGAGCUGAAAUUACCCCCGAAUGCCAAAGUCCUUGAGCUUGGAUGUGGUCGUGGCCGAGUAGCUGCUCACAUAUCCAGAGUUGCACCUGGAACACAGAUCACUGGCCUCAACAUCGACCCGGACCAGAUCACCAGCGCGAAAUCCUUCAACAAACAGCAGCAUUUGUCCAACCACUUUCAAGUUCAUGACUUCAACGACCUCCCGCUCCCACUCCCGACAAACCAUUUCGAUAGCUUCUACGAGAUCCAAGCAUUCAGCCUAGCCAAAGACCACACGAAACUUUUCCAGGAACUGUAUCGCGUCCUCAAACCCGGCGCCCGUCUCUCCAUUCUGGACUAUGUCAGUCUCCCCGCCUACGAUCCCACAAACCCACACCACCAAACCCUCAUGCAAAGGGUAAAACCGCUCCUGGGCGCAGUCGGAACCCCAACACCCCAAAGUAUAAUCGACGCAAUGGAAACCGCCGGAUUCGAAGUCCUAGAACACAGCAACGCCUCAACCGCCUGCUCCGGUCUCCAAGCACCUCUGAUCGAAAAAGCAGACGGCUACUUCAAGCGACUAAAAGCCACAAUCGUGACCGCUGUCCGAAUGGGUCUACUUCCACCUCACUUCAACAAGCUUUUCCAUCGCCUCACUCAAGACUGCGAUGCUUUUAUCGAAGCCGAUCGCGCGCGUUUGAUCACGACGGCCUAUCACUGGCUCGCCGUCAAACCCAAGUUAACCGACGAUUCCGCUUAUGCGUCUCUGGCGAACUCGGAAGGAGCACUGGCGGGAAGUAGUUUCGCCGAGUCCAGCAGCAUAGCAUAG